UCGCGCGCGUUCUCUCGAAAAGCGAGCCUAGAUCAGUAGGCUCUCUGGUAAGCAAAACGCCAGUUGUUGGUCUGCGCGCAGACGAGGAUCAGGGCAGCACGUUUUUUUUAUACUAGCAUGUGCUGGUGCCACAGUGUCGCAGCCCUAACGUAGCAUGGGAGAAAAAGAACAUUAUGUCCACUUCAGUAGUGCGAGUGGCGCUGGAUAUAACAAUAUCGUCGUCCAGCCAUUACGUCACGGACACUUGAACGUACAUCUUGGCUUUUUGCAAAUACAUCAUAGGUACCACGUGGAAUUCACGGUGCCAUGGAACGUAUGUUUGGUGCAUCCGGAAGGCAAUCCAAAGGGGCCGGCUGUAAUGGUCGGCGAGCCGAACCCCAACUGCCGCGUCUUCGACUUCUCUCUGGACAGAGAUGAUCUUAGAAUGAAAGUCGAGCUGGCAGUACACAAGGAGCGUUUCCUCAAGGAGCCAUUUCAGAUAACGUGUUGCGAUGAAGGUGCCCCACUGACAAUCUACCUUAAUGCCCGAGUGUUCGGCAAGGAUCAGGGUACGCCAAUAUUGCGCAAUGGCAUACGUAGUAUUGCGAUCGAGGAAGAAGAUGACGAGGCCGAAGAUGAAAGUGACGAUGCGGACGCAGCAUCGGCUGACAUUAAUAAACCCGACUGACGUCCUCCGCCUCUCGAAACCUCGAUGUAAAGUUCCCAAAGAGAAAUGACAAUUUCUUUUUGCCAACUUGCACACCCAUCUUUACACUUAUACAUAGUAGGUUAGCAAUGAAAGUGCCGUUAAUCGUAUAUCACGCGGUAUAUUCGUUAUAAAAACAAUAAGCAAAAAAAUGAAGGGGCAUUCCUCGCGCGCGUUCCCUGUUGUGGCUGUAUCAUGUAAAAAUGUUUCUUUAAUACAUAAAACAAUAUUUCAUGAUCGCCUAUAUAAUAAAUAAAUAGUCAAGUAGUUAGACUCACAUCUCGAGUUUGCGAUGAUUAUAAUAAUCCAGUAAACAUAAUUAACAAAGUAGUGAUGCCUAAAUGCGUUUCGAUAAUAUAUAGAUAAAUAAAUAUAUUAGAUUGUACGAUACAUUUCGUAUAUAGUUCAUUUUUGAGAGUUUAUAAAAAAAUACGACCGAAGCUUCAGUAUUUGACGAUAUUGUAUAUUUUUUACAUGAUAUAGUUUGUGUUGAAAAUGAAUGCCUUUUAAAAUUAAUCUCGAACCAUCACUGCAAAUGUUUGAUAAAAAACAUAUAUGAUUGGUACGUAAACAUCGCUUUUUCUAAAGAAAAAUGCAUUUUUUCCGCAUUUAUCUUGAAACUCUAUUCGUCCCAUUGUGAUCCUUUUUGAAUAUAUUGAGCUUUUUAUCAUUAUUUUUAUGGAAAAGGAUAUGUGAAGUUGAUAAAUUGUGUUCUGUUUGAUGUUAACGUAGAUAAACAAUAAAUUGUUUUACCUAAAAGAAAAACGUACUUUACGGGAUCAUUUUUGUUGGCCAGUAAAUAAAUAUACUAUAAGAUAACCAGUAAAGACAGAAAACAUACUGAAUAAUUGUAUAUCAAUAAUAGUUAAGAAAAAUUUAGCCUAUACUCUUCUAUCUUCAUACCUAUUAUAAUAAAAAGAGUUUCUAUACUGUUUCGCUAAAAAAAUUUCUUCUUAAAAUCGAUUUCAAUACUCUUUCUAAUUGGUCGCCAAGGAAUUUCAAUCUUACAUUUUCAUAAUACUUACCUUGAAAAUAUUUGUAAUCGAUUUAAAACAGUUAGCUACUGAAAAAAAAACAUUGUUAGAAAUUAAUAUGUUACGCAACGUUGUAAUGUCUACCAAAGUCCGACAAAGCAAUGGAAAACAAUAGAAUUCCCUUCCUUAGGUACAGUGAAGAUAUAGAAACCUAAAUAACGAGUUAAUUUUUCAAUUAUUAUUAGUAAUUUAACGUAGAUAAAAGAACAAUGUUCUAGUUAUUUACGUACCUUGAGCGAAUCAAGCGCCAGUAUGGUAUGGGAAGGAUAUUUGUAGCGCGAUUGCAGAACCUUGUAAAAACAUCCUUCCGUGCAAACGUGUCGAUAUCGUACUGGUGCUUGUCCUGGCCAAGGCAUGUAAAUGACUUACGAGCAGGACUAUAAUGUAAUCGUCAUGCUCUCCCUAGUACAAAUAUAAAUACAGAGAGAAAAACGUAAAUAUUUUUUGAAAAAAUGUAGAGUAAGGCUUGAAUAAGAUAAUAAACAUAAAGCAGCUGAAAAUCGGAAUCGAAAUUAAAACUUUAUUGAUUCACAGUAACUUUUUUACAAAUUAAAAUGAGAAACAAUUUUAGGUUUAAUCGGUAUGCUAAUUACAUCAUUCAUAUUUCAACAAUAAAUCAAAGGGCCUUGGUCAAAGUAGCCUGAACAGUAUAUUAAACAGCAAUUGUUUCGCGAAAGCCAAAUUCUCAUUUAUUGCACUAUCAAAAAACUCUAAUUACGUCUGUGAAAAUGUAUUUGUCUUACCGAUAUUUUACAUUGAAUGGCAAAAAAAUCGCUAUUAAGAAAAACGUCUACGCACGAUUGUACACGUGUAUUCCGUUCCAAAAUUGUAUAUGACACAGAUAGUAUCAUUGAGCUUACGAGCAAUAAUCGAAAAUUUCUUCAUCCUCGCUAACACUACUGAAAAAUA